CAGAACCCUGAGAAAUUUAUAAAGUGCCCUGACCACAUUGCUGUUCUGACGCCCACGCGCAGUGAGAGAGUCACAGACUUUGCAAACCUCUGCCUUGGGGUGGCAGGGGGUGGGGAAGCACUGAACAAUGGAUGCCCAGGAAAGAGCUGCCUUAGACAUUUCUACCCGAAACCCCCAAGAGGACUUUGAACUUCUGCUGAGAGUUGGUGGAGGGACCUAUGGAGAAGUUUAUAAGGCAAGGAACAAGGAGACAGGGAAACUGGCUGCUAUCAAAAUUGUAAAGAUGGAAGCAGAUGAUGACUGUGCCACUAUCCAGCAAGAGAUUCUGAUGGUGAAGACCUGCAGCCAUCACAACAUUGUAGCCUAUUAUGGGAGUUACAUACGGUUCAACAAGUUGUGGAUCUGCAUGGAGUUCUGUGGAGGAGGUUCUCUUCAGGAUGUCUACCAAGUCACCGGGCCCCUGACAGAGCCGCAGAUUGCCUACGUGUGCCGAGAAACACUGCAAGGUCUGUCUUAUCUUCACAACCAGGGGAAGAUCCAUAGAGACAUCAAGGGAGCCAAUGUUCUCCUCAACGACCACGGGGAAGUCAAGCUGGCGGAUUUCGGAAUCUCAGCUCAGCUCAGCGCCACUUUUGCCCGGAGAAUGUCUUUCAUAGGGACCCCUUACUGGAUGGCCCCAGAGGUGGCAGCAGUGGAACUCAAGGGCGGGUACAAUGAACUGUGUGACGUUUGGUCAGUGGGGAUCACCGCUAUUGAGCUGGCGGAGCUUCAGCCCCCCCUUUUCGACGUGCACCCAUUGCGGGUCCUGGUGCUGAUGACGAAGAGUGGCUACCAGCCCCCAAAGCUCAAGGAGAAAGCCCGGUGGAGUCAGGCCUUUCACCACUUUGUCAAGGUGACGCUAACCAAGAAUCCGAAGAAGCGGCCCACUGCCUCUAAGAUGCUGACCCACCAGCUAGUUUCCCAGGAAAGUCUCAGCCGCAGCUUGACCCUUGAGCUCCUGGAGAAACUGCGGAACCCUGACAAACUUUCCAGCUGCAGAGGUGAGCUGGAUGAAGAGGAACAAGAGACACCCCCACCUCCGGUGCCCCGAAGAAUUCACUCUAGCCAACGGCAGGGCGUGACUUCACCGGGAUGCACCAACUCCAGGGCCCAUGAUUGCAGCCCCACGCUCAGAAGCAGGCAGAGUCCGGAGUCCCCGAACUUCACGGAAAUCUCUGCAGACUCUGGAUAUGGUACUGGCAGCCACCUCUAUGGCGCUGCAUUUGCCAGCAGGGAGGAUUCAGCAGACUCAGACCAUGAUUACGACGACGUGGAUGUACCCAGCAGAUACGAUGCAAGCAGUGACAUCUCAGCUGUCAAUCUCCCACCUCCACUGCCCCCCAAGCCCAAGCUCCGGGUCUCGCCAGGCGAGACGGUGGUGGAACGAUCCAUACCGAGGUGCCCCCUGAAGCCCAUACUCCGAGGACGGUGCUCCAGUGGGCCUGUGACGGGACGGGCUCCUCACCUGGCUAUUCCAGUGGGGGCCCAAGCCUGCCACCUCAGCGCCAGAUCAGUUCCUGAACUGUGGCUGACUCCCCAGACCAACGGACCUCCCAUCCUUCCCCGCAAGCCAGAGAAGAAGCAGAAACCCGAGAGGGUGCUCUUCAAGAAGGUUUUCAACGAGUGCCCCUUACACAUCACCUCGGCUACUGCGUGGACCCACCCAAAUAGCAACGAGCUGCACUUAAUUCUGGGGGCUGAAGAAGGGAUAUUUGCCUUGAACCGGAGUGAGGCAGAGCCCACCCUUGAACUGCUCUAUCACAGCCGCACAACUUGGGUUUACUGCAUUGGAAACGUCCUCAUGUCGCUUUCUGGCAAGGCCCCCCAACUCUUCUCCCACAACUUGCCGGGCCUGUAUGAGCAGAGCCGUCGAGACCAGCGCCCCGGGAUCUACAUUUCCCCCCACCGGCUCCUCCCCAGGAAAAACAUCGUCUCCACCAAGAUCCCAGAUACAAAGGGGUGCCAAAGAUGUUGCACAGCCAGGAACGCACAGACUGGCUGCUACUACCUCUGUGGGGCGCUGGAGGCAGGUGUGGUGCUGUUGCAAUGGUAUGAGCCCAUGCAGAAGUUCAUGCUGGUCAAGUAUUUCGACUUCCCGCUGCCCUCGCCACUUCCGGUCUUUGAGAUGCUGACGUCCCCUAAUGAGGAGUACCCGGUGGUCUGUAUUGGGGUGGCCAAGGGCCCCCCAGGACAGGCAGUCCAGUUCCAGAUCAUCAACCUCAAUUCCCUCACUUCCUGGUUCAUCGAUGAUGGCAGCGAACCUUUGUGUACUGGCCCGGUCCAGGUGACGCAGCUGGACAGCAAGACGGUGAUGGUUCUGAUGAACAGGAGCGUCCGGUUUGUCAGCCUCGAAGGUGCGCUGCUUCCGUGCCCCCCAGAACUCGCCUUUGACGUGGCGGUAGAGUCAGUCGCGCUGGUGCGGAACUGCGUGCACGCCUUUUGGCGCCAUGGUGUGCAGAUGUGGCCCUUUGGAUCAGGACAGGUACAGAGGGAGCCCUCCUUCCAGCAUUGUGUCAGAGCAGGGCUUCUUGGGAGACCAUGCCAAAGGCCAGAGGGAGGGAGAAUUCCUCAUUUCCCAAUCUCAAACCCCUUCUUCCCCUGUUUUCUUGUGGACGUUCUGUCAGCCCAAGGUGCUAAGUGGGUUCUUAUUUCCUCUUUCUGGAAUCCUCCAUCUUCUGCCCUCCCCUGUUGUCGCUCCCUCUACAUUUUUCUUUUCUUUUCUGCAGAAAUGGGAGUAAAUCAAGCAACUGCCAAUCUUGCAGGGCAUGCUUGCAGAACAGUUUCCAGCUCAGUAGCUGCUCUUCCCGUUUCUCCCAGCCCCUUUACCCUGCUUGUUGCAGCAGAAUAGUCCUCCUAUCUGCAUCCAGGGUGUGCCCCCGUUCCCCUACACUUGAUCCCAGAGGUAUAAGAUCAGGGGUGGGCAACCUAAGGCCCAGGGGCCAGAUACGACCCAAUCGCCUUCUAAAUCCAGCCUGCAGACGGUCCGGGAAUCAGCGUGUUUUUACAUGAGUAGAAUGUGUGCUUUUAUUUAUUCGUUCAUUAUUUUUUUCAAAAUAUAGUCCGGCCCACCACAUGGUCUGAGGGAUGGUGAACCGCCCCACGGCUGAAAAAGGUUGCUGACCCCUGUAUAAGAUUCUUGGCACGAGGCUAAAGGGGUUGGGGGCUGGUUGCUGCUUCCCAAGCGAACUUAGACUGGCUCCCUUUGUUAUCUUUCUGCUGGCAGGCUGAGACCUUUCUGCUCAUACAGGCCUUUGGAAAACCAAGGAGCAGAAUGCCGACCACUGGGCUGCCGUCAGGGCACAAUAGAUUUUAAUUGCUGGUUCUAAAUGUGUUCUGAUGUAUUUUAGUUAUUGUUUUUAAACUGGUUUUUCUUUUAUUACAUUUUAAAUUUUGCAAUGAUGUUUUUGAAUGGUGCACGUCACCUUGAAUCCCAGCUUGGGAGAAAGGUGGGAAACACAUACAUUAAAUAAUAAUAAUAAUAAUAAUAAUAA